CCACCACAUUCCACAUUCUGACCUUCCACAGUUGACUGUGAAAGGCUCAAGCUUCGAGUAUAUUCUGAUCGCCAGCCUCUUCUCUACCCCACUCUCUCCUUCAUCCAAAGCGAAAACGCAAAAAAAUGGUAUCCGCAACCCUCGUCUCCCCCGGCGACGCCGUCCUCCUUGUCGGCAACCCCGUCGCACAAGCCGCCGACCUCCAAAAAGCCCAGCAAGACCUGCUCUCCCUCGUAACCCCAACCGGCAAAGUCGUCUUUGAGCAGCUCGACCGUCUGCCACACAUUACCCUCCCCAAAACCACAUUCAACGCCGCGGUCUCGGGAACAUCGGCUAUCCAGCCCGCUGCAUUCCCGCACCCGGACGCUGCACUCGCUAAACUGUCAAGUGCUUUGAAACCGAAUGGAGUGCUGUACCUCCGUGAACCGGUCCUGGUCGAUUCAGCCGCGGCGGCUACGGUGACAAAGACAGAGGCGUUACGGGUGCCUACGCGGACGGUAGCCGGUCUCCUCUCUGCGCUCAAGCUCGCCGGGUUCGUCGACACGCAGAUCGUCAGCGAGAGUGCUUUGGAGGACGAGAAAGUCGCGGCGUAUACAAUGUCGUGCUGGGGCGUCACGCCUGGGGAAGUACCCGGUGUGAGCGAGUACUUGAGGGGGAAGGUGGUGAUGGUGGAGGUGACGGCGCGCAAGCCGGGAUAUGAGGUUGGGGCGGCUGCUGUGCUAUCCUUUGGGAAGAAGAAGGCUGCUGCUACGGAUGGUGUGAAUGGUGUGAAUGGUGUGAAUGGUGCAAAUGGAGUGAAACCGCAACCGACGAAACAGGCGGUGUGGACGGUAUCCGCAAACGACGACGAUGAGGAUGAGGAGCAUGAGUUGGAGGAUGAGGAUGCGUUGUUGGAUGAGGAGGAUCUCAAGAUCCCAACCAAACUCGCCCCAGAAGACUGCGCCCCACCAUCAACAGGCGGCAAAAAAAAGGCUUGCAAGAACUGCACCUGCGGCCUAGCCGACGAGGAAGAGGCCGAGGCCGCUGAUGAGGAGAAGGCGAAGGUCGUGGUUGUCACCCCGGCGAAGAAGGCUGCGACUGCGCCGGCUUCUUCUUGUGGGAGUUGCUAUCUAGGUGAUGCUUUCAGAUGCAGUAGCUGCCCAUACCUCGGCAUGCCGGCUUUCAAGCCGGGCGAGAAGGUCGUCUUGGCUGGAAACCUCCUGAAGGAUGAUCUCGAGCUUUAAGGCCCUGACAAAAGCGGAAUGUACAACAUGGCACACAUGGGUGGAAAUCAGGAGAGUUGGAGGAUUGUGGGAGCGCGGUGUGUCGUGGGAUGGGUGCAUCGGGGCUGAAAUGCGUAGUCUGAUGUGAGAUAGGGACACACCCGGAUCGGCCGUUCGUUUGGCUCGCACCAACACCACCCUUAGUGUGGAUCCAACGUAUUGGGACUCACUGCGGCGGAUGCGGAUUCAUAGCAUCACCCCAUUAGAAUCACCACACGACACUGAAAGCAUCAGAUCUCCCGCGUCUAAAGUUUCUCGGAACGGCAAGAGCACACAUGUAGGAAUAGGUCAUCAAGAAGCGUAGU